CAUUCUGUGACGUAUUGGAGGGGCUGGGAGCAGUCCGGAAGAACACAGGAAGUGGAUUUUGUUAAAAACGUCUCUUUUCCCAAAUCCGUAGGAAGAGAGAGGGCUGACAUCGCUGGGAGGAAAAUGCACUGUUGGUUGUGGCAAGAGACCUUGAGGGUGGCAGAAGAUUACACGGCCUUCUGCGUUGGAAACCAACAGGCGCCUCCCAGCGAGCAGGCCGAAGCGAUGCGACACCUCGGCAAGGAAAUGGAGCAGCGGUAUCAGUCCAGAUUCGAAUCUCUCAUACAAAUGUUCCUGACCUCCUGCGGGUCCGACCCCAGCGCGAGCUUGAAGAAGGUGAUGGAGGAGAUGGUAGGAGAUGGAACAUUAAACUGGGGAAGGGUCGUGUCCGUCUUCAGUUUCACCGGAGUGUUGGCGAGAGAACUGUAUUCCCAAGGAACGGAUAAGGACUGCUGCAAAAGACUAGCGGAGACUAUAGCUGACUACCUUGCAGGCGAACAGCGAGAGUGGCUUGUGCAAAAUGAGGGCUGGGAGGGAUUCUGCAAGUUUUUCCGCAGCUCGAGGGAUGUGAGCCAGGAGUCGUCCAUGAAGGCGGCUCUGUUUGCGGCAGCUGGAGUGGGCAUCGCGGGCCUCACCUUCCUCUUCGUCCGCUAGUGCACUGCAACCUUUCUUCAUGUCCUACAUUAUGUUCUAUCCUUUUUCAAAAAAAAAACAGUUUCUGUCAUGUUUCCAGACCUUUUUUUUUUAUUUUGAAGUGAGGAUUGCGGUUUUUAAUUGCAAGCGAAUGUUCCCACGAUAUUUGAUCUGGUGCACAGGACACUGACAGACUGACCCGAUUGGACGUGAGGCUUGUAGCUGCGCUGACAGAUAACUGAAGAGCGAGGCAAACCUGCUAUGACAAAUUAUAGUCAUUUUAUCUUUUCAAUUUUGGAAUUGACACAUUUCUGAAAAUCUGUUUGAAAAUUUGAUCUUUUAUUUUACAUAUUUGAAAGCACUGGGUCCUAAAAUUUUCAUGCAGUCAAUGCACUAUUUAACAAGAUAGACUGUGCAAAUUCAGUUUGUUUUGGCUCUUGCCCUGACAAAUACUAGGUUUUAACAUCUAAAUAGACAGACCUUCUUCAUAACUGUUUCUUUUGACUGCCCUCACAAUUGGUAAAAUCAAUGAGUGAUAGGCAGACAUUGUAAAUGGAUUAGAAACUUUUUUAGUGUAAUAAAAUGAUAAAUUAAUAUAAAUUAUAUUUAUAUUGAAUAAAAGAAUGCAAACAAACCCAUUUGUUGUUUACAUGUUACAUUUUUUACUUUUUCAAAA